UGGCUGAGUAACUCCCUUUUAAUAGAAGGAAAAUUGCCAGGACGGGGUUCAGUCAGAACUGUUGUUUGCCAUCCUCUUAGGGGCUUUUCAGAUUGCUUCCAUAUAUAUGAAUAUAUCUCUCUUCAGCGGGCCUCACAUUCCCUACCUAUCUUGGGACGAUCUCUCAAUCACCAGUCUGUUAUUCUCUAACAACAUUCAUACCACUGGCUACCUGAAGGGCGUCGAUUUACGUGGCCCCAUCAUGAGCACCUGGAGAGUCGCUCGGCGAGAUGAGAACCAGGAGACUGACUAUGGUUCGAUGCACUUGAACGAAACACCCUCUCUUUAUGCUGUAACAUCACCCUCUCCGCGGCUAUCAGCUCAGGUUUUGGCCACGGAAUGGCUGAACAGAAACUUUGAAACUAAUCGCAUUUCGCUUGUGGAGUAUCGAACAAGACUGCAGGAACUACGCCGCGCUGUGCGACUUGGAAUCGAUUCGGCCUCCACUUGUACAGAUGGCAUCAUAUCCUCCCUGCGUCAGCUUAUGCUUCAUGGCUGGUUGAACAACCGUUGGCGCCUCGUAUCUGUCGACUGUGAUCACUUUGCUUCAGAGGCAUGGGAGGAAAGCUUUGUCUGUUGCUACAGAAAUGCGCAGUGCAUACUAUCCUCCUUGUUUCGUCUGCCUGAUUUUCGAAAGCGCUUGUUUGGAGCCCUGUCAGCCAUGCCCUCCGUGUGGAAACUUCAAGCUCUUUUGGAAUCUGCCUGGACGCUUGGUUUUGAUCCGGUUGGUGCAUCGCAGUUGGCUUCCGCUCUCAGAUCAUCGGGUUUUCGGACGACGGAUCCAUCACAACCUUACGGCGCAGCGCAGUCUACAGACGAAAGAAAUCUGGUUGGCUUAGUGGAUAGUACGGCAUGGUUGGGUGCCUCUGAUCUAGUCAGCCUUUUCGGGUCGAUUGGUGUUCGAUGUUCCUUGCUCGAAUGUCGAGCACCGUCUGGACCAAACGAUUCCCAUCCGAGAUUGCUUGAACAUGUCCAUUCUUACAUUGUCACUGGACGAAGUAGCAGCACUUCCUUGGAGGUGGACGAAGAUGAACAGCCGGUCGCCUUGAUCGUACUCGAUCCAAACGUUCCCGUAGAUGCAAUGCGUCAAAUCGCAAAAGCUGCUGAGUAUGCUCGUCAACCGAAUGCAAGUGUCAACCUUUCACGUUUGGCCUAUUCCACGUACAACUGGAUGGAUAUUCUGGGAAGUUUGCGAGUUGAUGUGAACGACCUCAAGCAUCCGCAAUACCAACUGCUUCAAAUCAACGGGCUUAUUGAAAAUGAGGUGGAUUUACAAGAUGCCAUGACUCCGGAAAAUGUCACGAUCGCCAUUUCCUAGGCUGAAAUUAGACCACUGUACAACCAUACAAUGGAUCCCGAUCAUCAGGGCGACUACACUUUCGUACGGAGGAGCUCCAACCUCGCUCGAAAGAAUCAGCCUAUUGAAUCCGGAAUCUGACGUUUAUGUGAUUCAUCGAACGCUGUAGACAUUUUUCAGAGCGGUGAAUUUCUUCACGAUUUUCUUUCAUGUUGUCAGCUACUUUUUGCUCAGUUUUCGUCGUUCCAUUGAUUUUAUUUUGUGCUUUAUCAGUCUUUAUUGGUGGUGAGCACAAUGUUCUUCAGUUCGACAUGUAUAUACACGAAAUUAGGUGCUUGCUUGAAUAUUUUCAGUGCUCUUUCGUGCACCUAGUCGCCUUAUUUAUUACAUACCAUAUAGCCCUGCCAUGUGUUUCUUGGAUUCGAUCACGUGCUCUCAGUUUGAUCUGGGUGAUCGAGAUCAAUGAUCGUUGUCAGUUGCAGGAUUUCUUCCGGAAACGUUUGGCUCACAGUGAAACCGAGUCGUGUUCCGCUCGUGUUGUUUUCAAAUUCCCGUUUCUUCUAGCGGCGUCUGAACCAACUACUGUGAACUGCUUUGCUCUUGGCAGCUUUCUCAGUGCCCUCUGAUACUACACUGUGUUCGUUACCGAUAACGCUUCAGACUGAC